AUGAAGACACCAUUGGCCAUUGAGCGGCAUGCUGCAAAUGUGUACACCAUUAACAUCUUUUAUGAGGUGCAAACAAAGAUCGUUGCUGCGUGUUUUAAUUGCCGUGUUGUUACUAUUUCCAAAGACGGAGACUACGUUUGUUAUGAAGUACAAUGUAGUACCGGACGAGUGUUUAAUGUCUGCCACAACCCAAGGUACAACACAAAUUCAUGUGCGUGCAAGAUGUUCAACCGCAUCGGACUGCUCUAUCGACACAUUCUUUACGUUCUUAAAGAGUACCAACAAGAGGUUAUUCUAUCGGGGUAUGUCAUGAAGCGGUGGGGUAAGUGCGCUAGCAUGGGUAGUAUUCAGCUUCAACAGACUACUGCACAACAAAACACAAUCCCUGGAGGUACUUUGCAACAUCAGGUGUGGAUGGACUUCAACGCGUGUAUGGGGAUGGCCCGAGGAGAUGACCAACGCCUAUUGCAAAUAUCCCAUGCUAUGAGUGAGGUCAAACAGAAAAUUCAAACCGAUGGCCGAACAGUAGCGGCCAAGCUAGGUAAUGCCGCUAUCAUUCAAACCAUGUGUGGAACUCCCUCUUCAUUACCUGUCACUAUACGCCCACCAGUUGUCGCAAAAAACAAGGGGAGCGGCAAGCGCUUAAAAGGGGCUCGUGAAAAGGCCAUUACCAGUAAGAAGAAAGGACGGAAGUGUCACACCUGUGACUUGGCUUUAGGGCAUGAUACCCGUAAUUGCCCGUUGUUGGACCCAGUGCUCCAGUAG